AGUCCCCAGCCCAGGCCCAGUACACUGUGACCCGCGUUGUGCCGCGGUACUAAGUGCUCAGCAUGAAGCCUAGCGAGUGAUAGUCAUGACUACGGUGGCCUGCACUUUGGUGUCGCUAUGCGUAUGUCUGACCCUCGCGACGGGGCUGCCCGCCGCCAAGAGACAACCUCCACCUCUGCCUCUGACGCUCACACACGACAACGAUGAUGUCCUAGCCGGAAGUGACUUCCUGUCCGUGUUCAUGCCGCGGAUGAGGGAGUCAGACCGGCCCUUCGAGCCUCACAGCCCUCAGUACGCGCUCAACUCCGUGGGACACCUCGCCAACCCCUUCCAGAGGAUAUCCGACAAGUACUCCCGAUACAAGACGGCUAAGUACAGCUACAACACGCUGGAGAUCGCUCCCACGAUAGACACAGAGACUAAGACUACAACGCUCUUCACGGAACCGACUACCGUAGAAGACGCUCCUACUACGAGUAACUAUGUUUACGAAAGAAAUCCUGACUCCCCUAAUGAAGUAGUACAAACUGACCCUCCAAUUGAAGAGGAGACUACGAAAUUAGAGACUACAACGGAGCAAAUAGCUACAGAAAAAGUAGAAGAAAAGGUUAUUUCGGUGAGGGUUUCGUCCUCUGUGGCACGACAUUCGUUUAGGACUAUAGAAACAUCUACGGCGAAAAGCGUGUCUAGAGUGUGGACGAAGCACGAUGAUGAAAAUCUUGUAAGUACUUUAGUGACUCAAGAACAGCCAACAAUAACAGCGGUUCAACGAAGUGAAUUCGGUGUCGAAGAAGCGCCUUUACCAAACUCAAGGAGAACCAUUACAAACAAACAAAAAGAUGAAACAAAUUAUGAGAAACAAGAGGAAAUCGAAGGGAAGGUACAAGAAGUGUCUGUUUACGGCAAUGACGAGCAACAAUUACCUAAAGGAAAGUUACCGGUGUUCGAAAUACAUUUUCACAACCCACCAGCAGCUUUGAUAUCCAACUACGGUUCCAAACCGGAUACUGAAAGAAACGAAGAUGCUCAUCAGUUCAGAAGGAAAGAAUUCAGACAGCUUUCCCAUCCAAUAAGCUACCAAUCCAGAAUAUCUUCUCCGACAUCGGACAGUAGCGUUAAUUUUUACAGAGAAAACCCAAGAAAUAACUACCAAGCUGCACAAGACUCAAUCAAAAACUACCAACCAUCAUCAGAUCCUUUUAGUAACUAUAAACCUACGUCAGAUACAAAGAACUACCAACAAGCUGCAGAAAAUCCGAGAAAUUACCAAACUUCUGCAGAAGAAGUAAGGAACUACCAAGCUCUGGCAGAAACACGUAGAAACUACCAAACUACAGCAGAAUCUUCAAGGAGCUUCCAAUCUGCACCAGAAACACGGAAGAACUACCAAGCAACAGCUGAAGCUAAGAGAAACUAUCAAUCCACAGCAGAAACCGUAAACCAACCGGUUAUUUCCCAGCCUUACCCACCCGCUGCUUACAGGAGCGAUGGCAACUCUGAUGAUUCUGAAUCAAGAUACCAGGAAACACCAACUCGCAACGAAGAACCCAAGGAGCAGACUUAUGGAGAGCCUGAGAAAGUUUACGGGCAACCAGAAGUCAACUACGAAGUGGACGAAGCCGUCAGUGUGAUCACAAACGGCAAAGCCCACGGUGUCCAAGUACCCACACCUCCACCCAUGCAGAGUCCGUCGAACCAGGACGAUCCUUCGGGGCAGAACAAGUUUGGGUACGUCGUGGAGGGAAGGAACUUCAGGAAGUACCGAGUGGAGGAGCGGACGGCGGACGGGUUCAUCGUCGGGGAGUACGGAGUAGUCAGCCACGACGACGGCAGUCUCCGAGGAGUGAGAUACACCGCAGAUAGUACCAUCAACCCACGACUCAUCUACGACACCCUCGUCAAGUUCCUAUCCCUCAAGUAGUUCCUGCGGUCAAAUCAAAACCAGUGAACGUCCACGCUGACAAGCUCACGUAAAUUUAGCCAGAAUAGAUUAGUUUUCGGAACGUAAUAUAAUCCUGUGAUAUUUAUUCCUAGUUGAAACUGUUGCUGGUGCAGUGUUGUGUCCCGUUGGUUGCCUUCGUAUGUGCGGCAUAUGUUAGAAAGCAACGUACUGUAGCUCGUGCUGGUGCGACGACCCGGGAUCUGACGCCUCAGGCCCUACUGUGCACAUCGCAUUGCUGUGUUAAGUCUACUGUAUGUUACACAUUCCAUUGCUGUCGUAUCUACUGUACUUUACACGUUUAAUUGCUUUGUUAUAUCGUGUAGGACUCGAGACAUCUGACUCGGCUUGUUGCCUAGCUUCCUUGCAUUUUUUUGUACGUCUUGUCUUAACCAGAAGUAGCUUUAGUUUUGCAACGUAUUGAUCUAUUUAUUUCGCUUCAGUAAUUUUCUUUACAAGUUCAAUUUUUAGAUAGUUAUGCCAAAAUAAUACGUAAAAAGUUGUGUAUUAUAAGAUUAAUUCAGUAAUAUUAGGCUUUAUUAGUACACAGCCAUUUGAUGAGUGUUAGAUGUACGUGACAUAUUAUUGUAUACUGUACUUGUACACCAAUUUUUUACAAUGCAAAAGUUAAGCUUUUGUACAUACACGUUUCUUUACUCUUAAAGAUAAAAUAAAAUUGUCUUGUUCUCUGUAUAACGUUAAAUAGUCAAUGUAUAGUUAAUGUUUUGCUCAAAAUAUUUUCACAUUUUCUCGGUAUUGGUAACCAUUACAUUUUUUUACAGAUUUAGGACACUCAAUAUAGCUGUAGAAAAGAUAUGUCUGCCAUAGUUAAUUUUAAGCUUUGCCACACGUCUUAUUGUUUUUAAAUUCAUCAAUUUAGCCUAUUUGUAAGGAUGUAAUUAUACGCUUCUUGUGACUUUUUAACAUAAUAAGACCUUUGUGAAUAUCGGCUCGAAAGCUCGAUAUUUUAGUAUUUCGUUAAACGAAUAUUGUUAGUUUAGUGUGACUGAAGUGAACAUGACUGUGCAAUAAAAUGUUGUACGAAAUUA